UUAAUUGUAAUCAGUCACGUGACCGCGGCGGAAGUUUUCGGUGGAUUUGUGUCUUUGCUGCUGGUGCUUUCGAAGCGUGAGAAAAAGACAUUGGCGAACUCGCCCUGAAAUACCACAAAACCUCAACUCCAGUCAGCAGGGAAACGGUUCAAAACACAGAAAAGGUUUGAUCUGAACACUGACUGGACACACACACACACGCACAUACAUACACACAAGAACACAUAUAUACACGUAGAGACACACACCCACUCAAACACACUGUGGUGAUGUCUGAGGCGGACGGGUGUGUGUCGGUGUGGGACUGGCUGUGUGUGCUGCAUCUGGACCAGUAUUUCCCAGUGUUCCAGGACGCGGGGUUUGGAACGUUGUUGGAAUGCCAAGGGCUGACCCAGGAUCAGCUGGAGACGAUUGGAAUCACAUUGCCUGGACACCGCAAACGCAUCCUAGCCAGCCUGCAAAAAACACUCCACACAAACACUCACACACACCCAGAGAGUGAGCCCGACACUCUACACACACACCUGGCUGCAGAGGGAGACCAGAGAGAGGAAGAGAGAGCAGUGUUCACAGACAGACCCAGCCCUGUGGGAAGUGAGAGACCAGUCCCUGCACAGAGACCAGUGUCCAGAGGAGAGAGACCAGUCCCUGCACAGAGACCAGUGUCCAGAGGAGAGAGACCAGUCCCUGCACAGAGACUAGUCCCUAAGGAGAGAUCAGUGUCCAGGGAAGGAGAGAGGGAUGGAGAGAGACCAGUCCCUGCACAGAGACCAGUCCCUAAGGAGAGAACUAAGUACCGCUCUGUCCCUGUGGAGACAUUGGACUGUGUCCAGACUUACCCUCAUCCCAACACUAGCCCCUGCCCUACCACCCCCCAUUCUAGUGCCCAGGACUCCCCUUUACCCCCCAUCCCACCUCGCAGCACUCCAAACUGCCCCCCACUACGCUUCAUCCCCACCUCCCCUAAGAACUCCCCCACGGCACCCAAACCCAGAUCUGAACAUAACAACUUAAACACCCCAAUCACUGUACCUCCUCCUAGCCUUGCCACCAAUCCCCUCACCUUACCCUCCCCCAGGCCCUGUCCUGCACCUCUGGCUAUCUACCCACCAGCCAGACACUCCCAGCAGGUGUGGAAGGGAGGAAGAAAGCCCUCCCCUGGUUCCCCCUCAUCCUCAUCCUCUUCCUCCUCAUUUGAACGAUAUGACCAGUCAUCAUCUGAUCAAGGCGUGCCUCCCCUCCCCCCUAAAGUCUAUGUGGUGGGGGCGGGCCCUAAAGAGCCUCAUAGUCCUGCUCCAAUCCCACAUCGACCUCCUGUCUUGCCCUCCAGAACCACACCCACACAGAGUGAUGCUCCCGUCGAUGAGCCGCACACGGACCGAACUCCCCCGCCUCGGACCGAGGUACCCAAUACACCAGUCGACACGCAGCCUGCUCUGCCCAUGAGAAGGAUCCCCCAGCCACGGCCUGAAAUCAGGUCAGGUGACAGUUCAGAUGACUAUGAAGAUCCAGACCAAGUCUUCCCCAAGCCCCAGGCUGUGAACAUGGCAGAAGAUCCAGACCAAAUCUACUCCAAGCUCCAGUCUGUGAACAUGGCAGACAGAGAUGUGUUCCUGCCAGUGCCGGGGUGGGGGAAGGGACGGUACAACUCUCUCUGCAGCGACGAUGAACUAUUGGAUGAUGACAAUGAGCCAAUCAGCAGCCAUCGGAGCUCAUGGCAGGACUAUGGUCUGAGUACGCUCCAGGGUAGUGUCUACCUGCCGGUCAGAGGCAGGGUCCUUGCCCCGCCCCCUAGAGAUGGCCCCUCCCCUGAACCCUGCCCUGUUCUAAAGAUUGGUUGGCUGGAUAAGAACCCAACCCAGGGGUCUCUGUACUACCAGAGGAGAUGGGUGAAGCUGGAUGUUGACUACCUGAGAUACUUUGACAACGACAAGGAGGUAUACUCUAAGAGGAUCAUACCAACGGCUGCCAUUACGGGGGUGACCAACGUGGGGGAGCAGAAGUUUGAGGUGGUCACAGCCAACCGAACCUUUCUCUUCAAAGCCGAGAGCGACUCUGAGAGGAAUGAGUGGGUGGCAGUGCUGCAGAACUUCACUAGGGGGCGCCAGGAAGGCAGCAGGGAGAUGACCUCAUUGGUCCCGCCCUCCUUUCUGACCCCUGGUUCACCCCUGACCCCUGAACAGCAGGGCUACCUGGAGCUGAGGGGCCUGCGCUCUAAACUCUACACAGUCGUCUCCGGAGACAAGGUCUUCCUCUACAAGAACAUGGAGGACUACCGCCUUGGCAUCGGUAUCACGUCUAUCGACAUGAAUGUAGGAAACGUGAAAGUCACUGACCGCCGCAGUUUUGAUUUGACCACACCCUACCGCAUCUUCAGUUUUCUAGCAGAUUCGGAACAACAUAAGGAGCAGUGGGUAGAAGCAAUGCGUGACGCAAUUGGAGAUGCCCUGUCCAAUAGCGAGGUGGCUAAUCAAAUCUGGGCGGAGCCUAGCAACUGUUGCUGUGCCGACUGUGGCGCCGCCAAACCUGAGUGGGCUGCCAUCAACCUGUGUGUGGUGGUCUGCAAAUGCUGUGCAGGAGAGCAUCGGGGUUUGGGCCCCAGCAUCUCUAAGGUGCGCAGUCUGAAGAUGGACAGGAAGGUGUGGACAGAGGAGCUUAUACAGGUGUUCCUGUUGCUAGGAAACGAGCGUCUGAACAGGUUCUGGGCGGCGAACAUCCCUCCCAGCGAGGCGCUGAGUCCGACCAGCUGCAGCAAAGCCCGCCGACGAUUCAUCAGCUCUAAAUACAGACAGGGCAAAUACCGCAAAUAUCACCCCCUCUACGGCAACCAGAGAGAGCUCAACAAUGCCCUGUGUAUAAACGUGCAGUGCAGUGAUGUGCUGGAAACGUUGUGUCUGGUGUUCUGUGGAGCUGAUGUGAACUGUUCUACUGGCCAGACUGACUGUCCCUCCCCCCUCUCCCUGGCACUCGCACACAACCAGAAACUACAGGCCCAGUUCCUCUCUCACAACCUCAACACAGAGCUGCCUCGUUCGGAGGUGACUGGGGACAUGGAGCCUCAACACUAUUCACCACAGCACCCAGUCACUCACAAUGGCUUCCUUUUCAAGACCGCCUCCAUGGUCCGGCCUAUUACGGAGCGCAAGGCCAGGGAGGAGUUCAGUCGUCGCUGGUGUAUGUUAAAUGAUGGGAACUUUAGUUACUAUGAGAGUGACAAGACCUCAACGCCCAACGGUGCCCUGAAGUCUACAGAGAUAGUCUGUCUGUCUGUCAACACACCAGAGAGACAUGGCUAUGACCAUACGUUUGAGCUGUACUCUGACUCAGAGCGUCUCUAUCUGUUUGGAACUGACGACCAAGACAGCCACAAGGAGUGGGUCAAAUCCAUCACCAAGAUGUUUAUUCCAUCCAAUGCAGAGGCUCUGUUGAGACUGAGCUUUGAGCGGAUUGGCCGGCUGAAGUACAAGGACGGGUUGAACCUACAGAGCCCUCGUGUUGGCUGGUUUGCGCUGGUUGGCUCCUCCCUCCAUGCCUACCUGGAGGACAGUGAGGAAGAGGAGGAGAUACACCUACGCAAAUUACAGGAGCUCUCGAUCCAGCAGGAGAAUGAGGUGCUGGUUCUGGUGGAGAGAGGCAGGACACUGUACAUCGAGGGGGAGAGGAAGCUUGACUUCCAGGGUUGGUGUGUGGGCAUCCAGAAAGCAGCAGGCAGUGCAGGAGACUCUCUUAGUCAGCAGCAACUAACUGAGGCCGACAUCCCUGUUAUAGUGGACCGCUGCAUUGACUAUAUCACACAGUGCGGUCUGACGUCUGAGGGUAUCUACCGUAAGAGCGGUGUGAACAGUCGCGUGGCGGCGCUGUGCGAGGCGUUUCGGCGUGAUGCCCGUAAUGUGCGUCUGAAGGAGGAGGAGCACCAGGUGGACGACGUGUCUAACACACUGAAACGCUUCUUCAGAGAGUCUGGAGAGGGCCUGUUCACCAAACAUGCUAGUGCAUGGCUCAGCACACCUGUGAUCCCAGAGGAGAGCAAGAAGAUCUCUCAGUACCAGCUGCUGCUGAGCCGCCUGCCCAGAGUCAACAAGGCCACGCUACGAGCCCUGGUCAACCACCUCUACUGUGUGCAGCGGUUUGCAGAGCUGAACCAGAUGAAUCUCCAUAACCUGGCUAUAGUAUUUGGCCCAACACUGUUCCAGAGCGACGGGAAGGACUUCACAGCUGGCCGCGUCGUAGAGGAACUCAUAGAGCACUACACGGACGUCUUUGAGGUGGAUGAGCAGCAGCUGAAAAGGCAGCUGGAUGAGAUCACGGUCAUCAUUAAAGUUAGAGAGAAGUUGAACCUCAACUCCAGUGUUCCUGCGUCGGGGUCAGCAGGUGACUUCAUCUGUACAGUGUACCUGGAGGAGAAGAAGGAGACGGCAGAGCAGCAUGUCAAGAUCCCUGGUUCUAUGACGGCAGCAGAGCUGACCUGUGAGAUUCUGGACCGGCGGAAGAUCCAGGUCAGAGAGAAAGACUACUGGAGCUGCUGGGAGGUCAGCCAGAAGGAGGAGACUGGUGAGUGGACAGAGAGAAAGACUACUGGAGCUGCUGGGAGGUCAGCCAGAAGGAGGAGACUGGUGAGUGGACAGAGAGAAAGACUACUGGAGCUGCUGGGAGGUCAGCCAGAAGGAGGAGACUGGUUUGGUACGAUCCGUCCCCCCAUAGCCAGUAAAGUGGAUGUGUCCAAGCACGGGAUGGUGAAGUUCCGGGAGGAGAGGAGCAUUCUGGGAUUGGGACUGAACACCGGCAGCUUCCACGACCGCUACUUCAUCCUAAACACUGUCUCCCUCAGGAUGUACAAGGAAGUGCGGAGUAAUCGUUCAGAGAGGGAAUGGCAGGUGAAGAAUCUGAGGGUCUAUCUAGGCAUCAAGAAGAAACUACGACCACCCACCUGUUGGGGUCUGACCGUGAUCUAUAAAAGUGAAAAACAGGAGAAACCAGAGAAGCAGCAAUGGUAUCUGUGUUGUGACACUCAGACAGAGAUGAGGGAGUGGUUCUCCACCUUCCUCACUGUCCAGUAUGAUGGUAACGUGUGGCCAGCGGAUGCAGUACAAACACGUGUGACCCGUGCGUUGCCGGUGGAUACACGUCAUGGUAACGUGGCAUUGAUUCCGUUGCGCGGCAGCGAGAAUGAGAUGCGGAACAGCGUUGCAGCUUUCACCGCCGACCCGCUUGGCCUCUUUAGAGAUGUCUGAUAAUGGGGCCAGACAAGGGGAGAGACCACCAGCUAUAGAACCCACAAACUCUUCAGAACAUUCCAGGAGUGCCCCCCCCCACACACACACACACCUGUGCCUAUAAACUGGACCUCUAAGCAGGGGAAGCAGGUGUGUCAUGAGGAUUGAGAGAGACUGCUACCACAGUGCCUUUUACAACUGCAGUGCACCCUGGGAUACAUGUAGGGCCUGGAAGACGUUCCCGGUAUAGACUGAGGGAGGGACAGACCGAGAACACAGACGGUUACCGGAGCAGCCUGACAGUACAGACUGUGUCUCUCUGAGAGGCCUGGAGAACCUAUGACAGGUGGGAGAUAAUGGAAUGAUCUUCACUGGCAAUCCAGCCUUCAGUGUCCCCAUAUGUCCCAUAAUAACUCUAUCCCUUCCUCUAACCAUGUUGAUCUCCCUGUUUUUAACUUUCCCCCACAUCUACACCUCUCUGAGACUCCCCCAUCUAUAAAGUGUUCACCCCACUCCCCAGUGUUCUCCUUCCCUGUUUUCUAGACUUGUGUAAUUAUUUAUUUCUCCAGCAGAGGGAGCAGCAUAUGAACGUAAGGGGGACAACCAUGACCAUUAUUCAACAUUAAGUUGGUUCCACUAGUCAAAAGGGAGCCAUAGAGACGUGUCCAAGUUGAAUUAUGUAGUGACGUCAUUACUCCCAACUCUAGGCCAAACCUGUACACACACACACACACACACACACACACACACACACACACACACACACACACACACACACACACACACAUGCCCUCAUAACUGUUUUUGGGCAAGGAAAGAAGUGCUCACUCUGUUUACCAUUUGUCUAAGACUGUGGUGUCCUUCCUGUCUGCUACUCUGUGUACUUUAAUAAACGUUUCAGUCAGAACUACAUUCUGAGUUGAGUGAUGACAUGUGGAGGAGUCCAUAAGGAGAGCAUUAUUAAACACCUGACCCUGUGGUUAACCAGUCUGAUCUCCUGAGCUCACAUUCAUGUUUCAAUUCAGUAAAAACUCAAUGUGAGCACAGUGAUGAGUCUGGUUUCACAAGGCUAGUGUGACUGACUGGUCAGAAAUGGUCUACUUUUCUGGGGACGCAACAACACGCACAAGUGGUGUAUUCUCAUAAAUGUGAACCUAACACUCAAUAAUCAUAUUAAAUGUAACAUGACAGCUUUAACCUGCCUCUGUCUUAUAACUGUAUCUAAGUGAAAAUAACUUUUGUAAAUUCUGCAGUUCUUCAGAUGGUAACUGUAGGUAUGAAUUUCAAUAAAUAAAGUCAAUGUUAUUUGGA